UAGCUCCAUGCUUGUGCCCGGUUCGACUCAUCCAUCCGCGGAGAAUAGGCAGCCCAUGAGGCUCCCAGUCCCCACCGAGUGCCGCCCUGAAGGAUGUCCCAGCUCUCCUCCACCCUGAAGCGCUACACAGAAUCGGCCCAUUAUACAGAUGCGCCUUUCACCAAAUCGAGCUAUGGCACCUACACUCCCUCUUCCUACGGAGCCAACCUGGCUGCCUCCUUCCUGGAGAAGGAGAAGCUUGGUUUCAAGCCCAGCCCCCCCACCAGCUAUCUCACCCGUCCCCGUACCUAUGGCCCCCCCUCCAUCCUGGACUAUGACCGAGGCCGCCCCUUGCUGAGACCCGACGUCAUCGGGGGUGGUAAGCGGGUGGAGAGCCAGACUCGGGGCACCGAGCGGCCUUCAGGGAGUGGCCUCAGCGGGGGCAGUGGAUUCCCUUAUGGAGUGACCACCAGCUCCCUCAGCUACCUGCCUGUCAGUGCCCGUGACCAGGGGGUGACCCUGACCCAGAAGAAGUCGAACAGUCAAUCAGACCUGGCCCGGGACUUCUCCAGCCUCCGGACCUCAGAUAGCUACCGGCUGGACUCUGGGAACCUGGGCCGCAGCCCCAUGCUGGCCCGCACGCGCAAGGAGCUGUGCGCCCUGCAGGGCCUGUACCAGGCAGCCAGCCGCUCCGAGUACCUGGCUGACUACCUGGAGAACUAUGGUCGCAAGGCCAGUGCACCUCAGGUGCCCACCCCGACCCCUCCCUCACGAGCCCCCGAAGUCCUCAGCCCCACCUACCGACCCAGUGGCCGUUACAGUCUGUGGGAGAAGGGCAAGGGCCAGGUCCUUGUGUCCAGCCGCUCCAGCUCCCCAGGGCGAGACACCAUGAAUUCUAAGAGCGCCCAGGGUCUGGCUGGUCUUCGAAACCUUGGGAACACGUGCUUCAUGAACUCCAUUCUGCAGUGCCUGAGCAACACGCGGGAGCUGAGAGACUACUGCCUGCAGCGGCUCUACCUGCGGGACCUCAGCCACAGCAGCCGUGCCCACACGGCCCUCGUGGAAGAGUUUGCAAAACUAAUCCAGACCAUAUGGACCUCAUCCCCCAAUGACGUGGUGAGCCCCUCUGAAUUCAAAACCCAGAUCCAGAGAUACGCACCACGUUUCGUCGGCUAUAAUCAGCAGGAUGCUCAGGAGUUUCUUCGCUUCCUUCUGGACGGGCUGCACAAUGAGGUGAACCGGGUCACAGCGAGGCCCAAGUCCAACCCUGAAAACCUCGACCAUCUGCCUGAUGAUGAGAAAGGGCGCCAGAUGUGGAGAAAGUAUCUAGAACGGGAGGACAGUCGGAUCGGGGAUCUCUUUGUUGGGCAGCUGAAGAGCUCCCUGACGUGCACUGAUUGUGGCUACUGUUCUACGGUCUUUGAUCCCUUCUGGGACCUCUCUCUGCCCAUUGCUAAGCGAGGUUAUCCUGAGGUGACGUUAAUGGACUGCAUGAGGCUCUUCACCAAAGAGGACGUGCUUGAUGGCGAUGAAAAGCCGACGUGCUGUCGCUGCCGAGCCAGAAAACGGUGUAUAAAGAAGUUCUCCAUCCAGAGGUUCCCAAAGAUCUUGGUGCUCCAUCUGAAGCGGUUCUCAGAAUCCAGGAUACGAACCAGCAAGCUCACAACAUUUGUGAAUUUCCCACUAAGAGACCUGGACUUGAGGGAAUUUGCCUCAGAAAACACCAACCACGCUGUUUACAACCUGUACGCUGUGUCCAAUCACUCCGGAACCACCAUGGGCGGCCAUUACACAGCCUACUGCCGAAGUCCGGUGACAGGCGAGUGGCACACUUUCAAUGACUCCAGCGUCUCCCCCAUGUCCUCCAGCCAAGUGCGUACCAGCGACGCCUACCUGCUCUUCUACGAGUUGGCCAGUCCACCCUCCCGCAUGUAGCAACGAGGAGCUACAUCCCAUCCUCCCUUCCCCGUGGUGGCCCCACAACCUAAGUUUUUUUAAAAAGACCAAAAAAAGGCAAAAAAAAGUCCUGACAAAUAAGAGGAAAAUAAAGGAAAGUGAAGCUGCAGAGCAGGAGUUGCUGCAGCCUGACCGGAGCCUGGAGCGGGGAGCCCGGUGCCCCCGAGCCCCGCCUGGUAGGGAAGAUUGGCAGGACGCAGACUGAGCCAGCACAGUGCCCUUGGCUUCUCAUGUCUGUAUUUGUAAGUGUGUGGUUCUUUUCCCGUGUGUGAUAAACCGCAGCCCUCUGUGGGGAGAAGAUCUUGUCUAAGGGCCCACUGGCCUCGGCCCAGCCCCGGCCUCCCGAGAACACAGCGCCCUCUGGAGCCUGCUGGGAGGAUCGCCGCCUGGAACGCUGCCCAUCUUUGCCUGGACCCCGCUCACCCAUGAGCCAAGAGCCCUCUUAAGGCUGCUAACUCCGGGGGGGACAGAUGAGGGGACGUCUUUGAAAAAAGCUGUUUUUGAUUUUUAAAAGCCCAACUUUUUUUUUUUUUUAAUUACCGUAACUAAAGUUUUCAGACUGGAGAUGCUCUCUUUCACACCUCUUCACAGCUGGGAUGUUGUGCUGGUCAUUUUUUUUUUUUAAU